AUGGGGGAGCCGCGGGGGGCGGCGGUGCGAGCGGCGGCGAUCGUGCUCGGGGCGGGCGCCUGCUACUGCCUGUGGCGGCUGGCGGCGAGCAGCCGGCGGGGGCAGCGGGCUGCGCCCCGGGCCGCCCGGGGCCCGCCGUCAGACAACAGUCCUCCAGCAUCAAGCUGUAUCAUGGAUGCAGAUGCUCUACAGAAACUUAUUCAUUUGCUCCAGGCCACACAUGACCCGUUAAUUCAAGAGCAAGCUUUAAUCACUCUCAGCAACAGUGCUGCCUUCUCUGUAAAUCAAGAUAUAAUCCGAAAGUUGGGUGGCAUUUCUGUUAUUGGAGGGAUGCUCUCAGAUUGUAUUCCCAAAGUUAAAGAAAAAGCACUAAAUGCACUUAAUAAUUUGAGUAUGAAUAUUAAAAAUCAGGAAGAGAUACAGGUAUAUAUUACACAAGUUUGUAGGAAUGUUGAAUCAGCUCCCCUGAACUCCCAUCUGCAGCUAGCUGGACUCAGACUGUUGACAAAUAUGUCUGUUACCAGUGACUACCACCAUAAGAUGAUAAACUCAAUUCCAUGCUUUCUUCAUUUGCUUUCAGAAGGAACUGAAAGGACGCAGAUUCAAGUUUUGAAAGUACUUGUGAACUUAUCUGCAAACCAGGCCAUGACAAGACAUAUUCUCAGAGCUCAAGUGCCAUCAUUGCUGUUACUUUUUGACAACUGUAUAAACAGAGAUGUUCUGCUUAGAGCCCUGGUGUUUGCAGCAAACUUGAAAAAGAACGUGAACAGUGAAGGUGGCACCGUGAUUCAGGACCAAUACAGUGAAGAUUCAAUUUUCUUUACACUCUGCAGGGACUCUACCCCUUUCGCUCAGAAACUGGCAUCAUUAUUGCAUCACCCCGAUACAGAAGUGAAAGAGCAAGUUGUGAGAAUAUUAACACAAUAGUGAUUUUAAAAAAAAAAAAAAAAAAAAUCAGACUGACCUGAAAACUUUCAUACAUACAGUGAUCAUUUUAAAUGGAUAAGUAAAGGUAAUUGAAAUAUUCUUCUCAAUGUCAAAGUAUUUUUGUUGCCCUAAAUAUUUACAGCUGUUGAAUAAAUACCUCUAUAGAACGGUGCACUAAAGAUUUAGCAACUAGAGAAUAGGCAUUUAUGUUUUAUUAAUCUGAUAUCUACUAAAUAGGUGCAGGCAAAUCUUAGAAAAUAUUAGAUGAAAACAAUAUUAAACCAUCAUUGGCUUCCUACAGAAUUGGUAUUUUAAAUGAAAACUGCAUAUUGAAGUUACCCAGCCUGUGUUUUUCACCUUAACCUGCACAGAACAUAUUCUAAAACUACAUUCUCGUAUCCUUAGUAUAUCCAUUCCAUUUAGCCAAACUGCAGUGCAGUUAACCACAACCAUACAAGGUUUCUACACUUGAAAAAAAAUCAAAAGGAUUUUCUCUUGCUUUAAAAUUGUCACUUUAAGGAAAGCAUACCUAUUUUUCAAAAUACUUUAUUAUGAGUCAAAGAUUAUCUGCAACUGCAAUUCAACAUUCUCAUCUUUAUUAAAAAAAAAGUCUACAAGAGCAGUAUCAUACACAUUUUUACAAAAGCUUCCUGUUCUGUAGCAGCCCUCAAGCCUGCUUGCCUUGGAGGGCUUUACUCCUUUUUCUCUGUAGCUGGAACAUCAUCGGAAUAACUGCUUCUGUUGAGUUAGCCCCCAUAAAGUUUUAGUCACCAAUCCAGCGUUAAUUCAAAAUGAAGUGGAAUACAUAUAAACAUCAUUGUAAAAGAACCUGAAGGAAGUUUCAUUGAUGAAUAUAAAACGUACUAGAAAACACUUCAUACUAAAAUGAGACUACUAAAACUUCCUGAACAUCACAUCAUAAAGAAAGAAAAAAGUGUCGGAUGCAAAGGCUAGAAAAUAAGUUUUCCACCUUGUACCAUUUUUAAGAGAGCUGUAUUACCUAAACUGUUACCAGAUGCUUCAUCUUUCUAACUUAAUAUACCCACUCUGCUCUUAAUAAAAUAUUACUCUCUUCUCUUCCUGUAAUUCAGUAU